AAUACUUGGAGAGAGUUGUGAAGUUUUCUACUCCACCAUAGUUUCCUUUCAAUCGGAUAUUUGGGUGGGUGUAAAAAAAACAUGUCUCGUCCGUUACGUGUAAAAUAAAGACAGUGCGGCUGUGGACACAAAAAGAGGAAAAAUGGGGAAGAAUCUUCGCGAUAUGUCUUAGCAAAAUAGAGAAUAUUUAGGUAAAUAGACUGGACAGAGCAGACUGAAGCUAGGGCAUUGGGGUGAUCCUGUCGCUGGACUGUGAGCGGAGUGGCCAUGUCACAGAGUGAGGAUUCCGCACGAGACGACGGGGACACCCUGAUGGACACGGACGACACGCACUUCAUCCAGCCGGCGCCCCCGGACAAGCUGCCGGCGAGCGUGGAGGCUUCGCAGGCGAAGCCGUGUCCCGAGGGCAACACCAUCAUGAUCACAAACAAGUAUGCCGGCGCGAGCCAGACGCACAACGCCAACAACUCCAUCAUGAUCCUCACCGCGCAUCCGGACGUGUCCAACAUCACGUCCUCGAGUCAGAUCAACAUCUGCAUCAACAACCACUUCAGCGACAGCAUCACCAGCUCCUCGGCCACCGUCAGCACGGAGGGCGCCAAGGGCGAGGCGCAGGAGGAGCCAGACUCCACCACGUGCCACUUCAAAGACUCCCGAUCUCAGGCCAGCGCCGCCGCCGCGGCCGCAGCGCCCCCACCGAAGGAGGCCCACUUCGUCAGCGGCGACGAGGUGCUGGUGCACCGCGACGACCUCUUCUACCUGGGCACAGUGAUGCACGUGUACAGGAAGCAGUGCCUCGUGACCUUUGGCGACGACACCAAGUGCUGGGCGUACUUCCACGAGAUGCGCAAGAUCGCGCCGGAGGCCGAGGGCCCGGCGUGCGUGCACUGCAAGGAGCGCGGCGGCCAGGAACCUGACUCCGUUGUGGACGUGUGCCAACGCUGCCAGCGAGGGUUCCACAAGAAGUGUUCAGGCGUGGAGCCGAAGACGGGCGGAAUUCACUGCAAGAGGUGUUUCGAACAAAAUAGUCUGAAUGGCGUGAACGGUGGCAGAUACUGUAGUAAGAAUAACAAUUUGAUGGGUGAUGAACGAUUGUCGUACUCGGACAAUUCUCUAUCGCCAUUUGAUACAGGGAACUUCUUUCGCUCGUCUGACUACAAGGACGCGUGGUCGGGAUCGCCGAACUCUGACCUGAGCACGGGAUCGUCCAAUGGGAACUACAAGGGCCGAAAGUUCACGUGCGGACGGCGAUUGCGGGAGCGACAGGAGAAGAACUAUGCCGAGAACACGCGGCGCACGACGGCGUCCGUGUCCACGCCACAGCCGUCGUCUGGCUGCUCCGACGCUUCCUCGUCAUCGUCCUCGUCGUCGUCGCUGGUGAACUUCUCGGCGGCCACAUUCCUCAGCCAGCAGCUGCUCAGCAGCCAGCGCGUGACGAAGAGUCCGUGCGGCGCGGAGAAGGGCGGCGGCCUGUUCGGGAAGAUCUUCGACACCAGCACACCGACGCACCUGGCGAACGGGAACAAGUACGUGAUCCGCGGCAAGAGGAUGGACUCGGACGGGAACAUUCAGUACCUCGUGGAGUGGGAGGGCGUGUCCUAAUCGGGGAUCGACUGCCCAGUGCGGGUUUGCAGUCGAAGUGGUCGUCAAACUAUGAAUCUAAUGAACUCUGAGUGUAUUUUUUGCGGAGACGAAUCCAUUUGCGAAGUGAGACAGUCUCCUUCGCUGCUACAACGGCGUCCUUUUGGCGUGUGGUUUAUCGUGAGGUUUUAGCUAAGGCGACUAUAUGAAAAUUGAUUUGUAUUGUGACAAUGAAAAGUGGGAAAAGGAAACAAAGUUAGAGAUUUGCAAAAAAAAAGAGAAAUAAAUUGAUGAUGCACUGCCAAUUUUUUGUAAAGUGAGAGAGAGAGAGAGAGAGAUUAACAAAUUAUUUCUUUGACAUUUCUGUCUCUCCUAAAAGACGAAGUUAUUAUAAAUGGUCAAAAUAAAAUUGUGGAAGUGAAAGAUGUUCACAAAUAUU